AUGGCGGACGCCUGGGAAGAGAUUAGGCGGUUGGCGGCUGACUUCCAGCGGGCACAGUUCGCCGAGGCCACGCAGAGAUUGUCAGAGCGGAACUGUAUUGAGAUUGUGAAUAAACUGAUAGCUCAGAAACAGUUAGAAGUAGUUCACACACUUGAUGGAAAGGAAUAUAUUACUCCAGCCCAAAUUAGUAAAGAAAUGAGAGAUGAGCUACAUGUCCGAGGUGGUCGAGUAAACAUUGUUGAUCUACAACAGGUAAAUUUUGAAUUUAUAAAAUUUUUGGUUUAUGUAAUUUUGGGAGAAAAAUCACUAGAGUUUCAUGUUUACGUGUUUUUAGCACUAACUCAGCGACUUGGUAGAAUUAUCAGUGGACAUAUUGAUCUUGAUAAUAGAGGAGUAAUUUUUACUGAAGCUUUUGUAGCUCGACAUAAAGCACGCAUCCGUGGACUAUUCAGUGCUAUUACCCGGCCUACAGCAGUGAAUUCUUUAAUUUCAAAAUAUGGAUUUCAGGAGCAGCUUCUUUACUCUGUGCUUGAGGAACUUGUUAAUAGUGGACGCUUAAGAGGCACUGUGGUUGGUGGGAGACAAGAUAAAGCAGUGUUUGUCCCUGACAUCUACUCCAGGACACAGAGUACUUGGGUGGAUUCCUUUUUCAGGCAGAAUGGCUAUCUAGAAUUUGAUGCUUUGUCCAGACUUGGAAUCCCAGAUGCUGUAAGCUACAUAAGGAAAAGAUAUAAGGCUACACAACUCUUGUUUUUGAAAGCAGCUUGUGUUGGUCAAGGACUUGUGGAUCAGGUGGAAGCAUCAGUAGAGGAAGCCGUCAGCUCUGGAACAUGGGUUGAUAUUGCACCUCUGCUACCCAGUUCAUUAUCAGUUGAAGAUGCUGCCAUGUUGCUUCAACAGGUGAUGAGAGCAUUCAGCAAACAGGCUUCAGCAAUAGUCUUUAGUGAUACUGUUGCAGUCAGUGAAAAAUUUAUAAAUGACUGUACAGAACUGUUUAGUGACCUGAUGCACCAGAAAGCUGAAAAGAUAUGUUUUUCCCCUUCUUCAUUCCCAUCAGAGCAUGAAAUGAAAAAUAAUCCUGUGCAGUUAAUCACUGAAGAAGAUCUGAAACAAGUCUCCUCCAUUCUAGAAAGCGUUAACACAAGUAAAAAGGAUAAAAAAGAUGAGCGAAGGAGGAAAGCAACAGAGGGCAGUGGAAGUGUGAGAGGAGGAGGUGGGGGCAACGCCAGAGAAUACAAAAUUAAGAAAAUCAAGAAGAAAGGAAGAAAAGAUGAUGAUAGUGAUGAUGAAUCUCAGUCAUCUCACACUGGAAAAAAGAAGCCAGAGAUCACUUUUAUGUUCCAGGAUGAGAUUGAAGAUUUUUUAAGAAAACACAUAAAAGAUGCCCCUGAGGAGUUUAUUUCUGAACUUGCUGAAUACUUAGUAAAGCCUCUUAAUAAAACUUAUCUUGAGGUGGUACGUUCAGUAUUCAUGUCUUCAACUUCUACUGCUUCUGGAACUGGCAGAAAACGCACCAUUAAGGACUUGCAAGAAGAGGUUUCAAACCUAUACAGUAAUAUUAGAUUAUUUGAAAAGGGGAUGAAGUUUUUUGCAGAUGAUACACAGGCUGCUCUUAACAAGCAUUUGCUGAAGACAGUGUGUACAGAUAUCACUAACCUCAUUUUCAACUUCUUAGCUUCGGAUUUAAUGAUGGCAGUAGAUGAUCCUGCAGCCAUUACAAGUGAAGUAAGAAAAAAGAUUUUAAGUAAAUUGUCAGAAGAUACCAAAGUAGCUCUCACAAAACUCCAUAACUCUCUGAAUGAAAAGAGUGUAGAAGACUUUCUUUCUUGUCUGGAUUGUGCAGCAGAAGCUUGUGAUAUUAUGGUGAAAAGGGGAGACAAAAAAAGGGAAAGGUUCCCCUCCGCGCCUCGGUUCACCCAGAAGCUGAGGAGCCAGGAAGUAGCGGAAGGAAGUCGAGUUCAUCUGGAGUGCAGAGUCACCGGAAGCCCAACUCCUCGAGUCAGAACAAAG